AUGAACUAUGCAUGCCGCAAGGAACAUGUCAUAUUCGAAAAUGGAAAGACGUUUCUUUGUCAUCCAUGGUUGUACGGCUUCAAUGAGAAAGACUGUCCUGAUGUUGGUGAUGGGAAAAGGCUAUUUCCUGGGACACAAAAGAGCGUCCACUUCAUCGAGGGUCAAAGAGGGCGCGGUUUCGCCAGCGCGGCUCUUGUUAUCGAUGCAAAAAAAGCUGCAUUUCACGAGGAUUUAAGGCUUAUUGAUAAAGCAAAGAUCAUCCUGAACGACAGUUUGUCAAGGAGAGUGUCGGAAGUAGCUUUAGAAAGGCUGAAUUUUGGAAUGAAAGGUAUUCUGCUGUGUUCCUAUCGAUCCUAUUUCCUUUACAGAUUUGAGAUGCAAGAUGGCGUGAAGGUUUCUGUUCUUCAGUAUUUCAAGGAGAAAUACAAGAUCUGUUUAGAGUACCCACAUGCACCUCUUGUUAAAGUUCGUGAAGGUAGUCGUGUUAAUAACUAUCCAAUGGAAUUGGGUUUUAUCAGAGCAAUGCAGAGGGUUACCAUCUCACAGCAGACACCGGCUCAAACCCAUAAAACAACUAAAGUCGGUGUUCCAGUGGUAAAAGAAAGACGUAAGGUUACCGUGGAGAAUAUCAUUCUGAAAACGAAUAUGAAACUUGGAGGUUUGAACUACGUAGAUUUCACGUCGUGCUCUGAUGUCUUUUGGAUUUUUAAACAUUUUCAGUAUGCUUCAAAUUUUAAAGAAAACGUAGUCGACUUCGUUGGAGACUACCUUUUCCAGAGCAGUGGGAGGGAAGAGGUGCCCUUAUUUGCUGAUCACCACGGUGGACGAUUUCCAGGGGAUCUCAUAAUAUACAGGAGCGGUAUCUCGGACGGAUCUUUCAAAACCGUGCUCACUCACGAAAUUCCACUUCUACGGGGUACUCUGUCAGCACUUGGUGUCAAAAAUAUCAAGUUGACUUUUGUAGUGGUUCAAAAGAAGCAUAAUAUUAGACUUAUGAAUACGCACAUAGAUCGAUCGCGCAAGAUAGCCGAUCAGAAUAUUCCUCCCGGGGUAGUUGUAGACUCAAACGUAACACAUCCUGCUUUUAAAGAGUUCUAUUUAAAUUCACAUAUUACAUUACAAGGGUCUGCUAUCACUCCGCGAUAUACGGUACUUGUUGAUGAUCUCAAUUUUUCUAUGGAUGAACUCGAAGGCAUCACAUAUGUGCUGACAUAUGCCCACCAAAUCGUGAAUCUCUCAACUUCGAUUCCAACACCACUCUAUGUGGCUCACAGCUAUGCUGAGCGUGGACGGAACAAUCAUGAAUCCGGAGAAUCGAUUGACUACGGACGUAUUGCGCAGCGUUUGUCGUACAGAAACACAAAACUGGAGGACAUUCGUAUAAAUGCCUAA